UUCUUAUUUGUAAUAUUCCCUACCAGAGUGCAUUUGCCUCCAUUCGCUAGUCAUUUGUUUUUCAAUGGCGACAUUACGAAUGGUGAUAAGGGGUUCAAGGAAGGUUAAAUUGUCAAUUUAGGGUUUUUAUAUACAAUAAUGCGUCGUUCUUGUGAUAGAAAUUGACGAUAGCCUUUUGACUGAUGAAGUAAUGGUCAUCUUGAAAAACACUGAACUAAGCAGACUUUACGAAUUAAAACUGUCAUUUCCGGAAUGACACGUCAGUGGUUUACUGUCAAGUAGUACUUGUGCGAAUGUACUGUGAAACGCUUUGUGACGUUAUUAAAAACAAUGACUUGAUGUUUUGUAGAUCAUCUAUUUUUAUAAUAAUUUUGGCAUCACAUUUUGCCAGGCGUUGUUAGCUUAAUUAUGGAAACGUAUUAUUUGAGGUUAGGCAUUAUAACAUGUGUUGUGAUCUUUUGUAAUUUUUGUCUGGGGUCCAGCAUUCCGAAAUAUACACGAAAAGAUUUGGAAAUUCUAAGGGAAGAAGUCAGACAAAUGUUUCAACAUGCAUAUGAUAGUUAUUUGAAGUAUGCUUAUCCCUAUGAUGAAUUAAGGCCACUGAGCUGUGAUGGUGUUGAUACAUGGGGCAGCUAUUCUUUAACUCUCAUUGAUGCCUUAGAUACUCUUGCAGUAAUGGGCAAUUACACUGAAUUUCAGCGUGUAGUGAACAUCAUUACUACUCAUGCAAAUUUUGAUGCAAAUAUUAAUGUAUCUGUCUUUGAAACCAAUAUUAGAAUCAUAGGAGGACUGCUCAGUGCUCAUUUGCUGUCUCACAAAGCUGGAGUUGAAGUGGAUCCUGGCUGGCCAUGCAAUGGCCCUUUACUUCAGUUGGCUGAGGAUGUGGCACGUCGGCUCCUGGCUGCCUUUGACACAACCACGGGCAUGCCAUAUGGAACAGUCAACCUGAGACAUGGAGUUCCAGAGGGGGAAACCAGCAUUACAUGCACAGCUGGUGUGGGCACUUUCAUUCUGGAACUUGGGACUCUGUCUCGUCUGACCGGUGACCCACUCUAUGAAGAGGUGGCUAUGAAUGCUCUCCAUGCUUUAUAUAAUCAUCGUUCACCAAUUGGCUUGGUAGGUAAUCAUAUUGACGUGCAAACUGGACGAUGGACAGCUCAAGAUGCAGGCAUUGGAGCCGGGGUGGAUUCCUAUUAUGAGUACUUGGUCAAAGGUGCUAUAUUACUUCAGCGACCUGAAUUGCUGCGAAUGUUCCAAGAGGGGCGAGUUUCUAUUGAUAAAUAUUUGAAGCGAGAUGACUGGCAUUUGUGGGUGUCAAUGUCAAAAGGACAAGUCACAUUGCCUGUCUUCCAAUCCUUGGAAGCGUAUUGGCCUGGAGUAUUAAGUCUUAUAGGGGAUAUUGAUAAUGGUAUGAAAUCUCUACAUAAUUACCAUCAGGUGUGGAAACAGUAUGGAUUCACUCCAGAGUUUUACAACAUACCUCAGGGAGAAGUUGGAGCUAAUCGAGAGAGCUAUCCCCUGCGACCAGAGCUGGUGGAGUCAGUUAUGUACAUGUACAGGGCCACAGGAGAUCCCUACUUGUUAGAAGUGGGGAAAGAUAUUUUAAGAAGCAUUCAGCAUAGUGCACGAACUCCUUGUGGAUAUGCCACUAUUAAGGAUGUGAGAGAUCAUCGCAAAGAAGAUAGAAUGGAAUCUUUUUUCUUAGCUGAAACAACUAAGUAUCUGUACCUGCUCUUUGAUCCUGAUAAUUUUAUUCAUAAUCGAGGCCAACAUGGCACUGUGAUAAGAAAACCUUGGGGUGAAUGCAUUCUCUAUGCUGGAGGUUAUAUAUUCAACACAGAAGCACAUCCUAUUGACCCAGGAGCUUUACAUUGCUGCAGUGGGCAUCGUCAAUCUGACAUUCAGCAGAUGUUACGUGAUCAGAGCAGUAAAACAUUUAAAGGCGAUCCUCUCUCUACAUACCGUCAUUCUCGGCGCACUCCUGCUGCUUCCAGUGAGUCAAUUCCAGUAAAUGGUGAAGUGGGAAUUGGGGAUAAUCAGAGUAGGAGUGACAAUGAAAAUGAGAUAACAGUUGAAGAAAGUAGUGCGAAAUCUCUGGAGUCUGAAAAGAGUAUGCCUGAAGAUGAGAACAAGAAAACACAAUCAUCUCAUGCAAAUAUUAUCUCUGAUAGCAUAAACAUUAACACAUUAUCUGAAACAUCAGAAACUACUGAUAAUGCCUCACAACAAAAAGAUAAUAUAAUUCAGAGUGAGUCUAUUGUAGAUGAAAAUGAUUCAAACCAGGCCAUAGGAUCAGCUUCAAACUUAUACACAGGCUCCAACUCUCAAGUCAUUCGUGAUGAAAACUAUACUCCUCACAGAACUAGUGACUUAGAAUACCGAGCUGAUGAUAGUGACUGGGUAUAUUCUGUCACAGACAGGGAUGACAGAGAACUGGACAUAGAUACAGCUGCUGAUCCAGUUGUGCCAGUGGAACAGAAGAGAGAGCAGAGUAGUGAUUCAAAGGAUGAAUCAGAAAAACUGAUUCAAGAUAAAUCAUCCAGGGAAGAAAACAAAGUAACGAAGCCAAAGUCCUUGUCCUCUUAUAUUAGUGAACUACUUUCAACUCCAAAAACACCCGGAAAGUUUGAUCAUCAGCUGUUAUUGGAGAGAUUACAUUCUGAAACAAAGUAUAAAAGGAAUGUUUCAUGGGAGCAAGAUUAUGAAGUUUUGUCAUGUUCAUCACAACCAUUUCUUCAGCGAUUAGCUAUGUCAGGAGAAAUUUUUGGUGUUGUAUGAAAAUUAAUAUUUUACGGAACGCCUAAAGUAUUUGGUGUAUUAUAUAUACUUGUUCCAAAAGUGUCCUUUGAUUAGAGCACUUAAUUUGAAUGACAGGCUUUUAACAUUGUUUUUUCUUGAACGCUUUAUUUAUUUUGUUGAAUUUAUUGGAUAAUAUAUUAAAAUUAAAAUAUUUCUGCUUGCAUAAAUAGAUGCAUGAUAUUAUGUUUUUUAUCAUAAUUUGUAUUGUUUUCUCAAUACUCUCUUAUCAACGAUCUUCAAAUGUGCUGAAGUUCAAAAUAAUGAAAAUUGUGUCACUAGCUGCAUUCUUGAUUACUACUUUAUUUAUUUUGUUUCUCUCAGUAUUAUUGUGAAUGGUAAAUGAUAUUAUUACUUGAGACCAAAACAUUGCCUUGCUUAUUCAGACAUGGAGAUGCAAAAGAGAUUCAAAAAGCAUUACAUACUAGAAAGGAUGGAACAAACAUUAUGAACAAAGAGAAGGAAGAACAAAGUAACAUGGGGAAGUAAAUAGAACCAUUACUAAACAUUUAUUUAUGCUUGAACAAAAUAUUUUCUCAUAGCAAAAUAAAAUUUUCAAUUUAAUCAACAAUUAAUUAUUUAACUACAGUAAAACUCCUCUUUUGUGCUUUUCAAAGGUCUAAGAAAAAGCAGUGUAAAUUGUGCUCAUAUAGUUCAAUUUAUUUUGUCAAAAAACAGUAAAAACUGUAUGUGAUGUACGGGGAAAAAGUACAAUUUCUGAGUAAGUAUAAAAUAAUAAAGUACUGAAGCUAAGAAUCAACUUUUAUUAUUAAUACCUUUUUUGAUAACUUGUUGGGCUUUUAAAAUGUACAAGUGAAUAACAGGCAAUAUCCCGAAAUAUAGAAACAGGAUUUUACUGUAUUAAAGUAACUUGCAUAUGAACAUUGUGUUGAAUUCUAAGCAAGAUAUAAAGACUAUCAUUUUUUGUUGUUGUUGUUUUAUAUUUGUUUUUGUGUUAUUCCUUAAUCCAAAUAUUAUGUUCUUUGAAUGAUUUACAAAAUAUUUUUAACAAAAAUAUAUUUCUGUAACAAGUGUAGCAUUCAAUUUUGUUUAAUAAUUUUGGUAUCCCAACUCAGAGUUUUGCACUAAUUAUUUGUUUAUUUUUCUUGUCAAUAUUCUGGAAAAUUGAGGUAUAAAAAACCUUUUUUAAAUGUCACAAUAAUUGUUUAUUUUUUAUGUGCAAAUGUGUAGAACUAGUCAGUGAGUAUGAGGGGAGAUAUGUCUUUAUGAAGGAUAAUUUUUUAUGGAAUAACAAUUUAGUCUAAAAGGGAAAUAACAUUUUAGAAUUGUUUUGAAAUUUUUAAUAAAGUGAAAUAAAAAUGAAUAUUUUAGCUACUUUCGAAAUCUAAAUUAACAAAAUUCUUCAUUAAAUUUAUUUAUUCAAAUAAAAUUUUAUUCACUUGAGAGUUAAGUCAGAAGAAUUCAUGAACUUCUCCUAGUCUUAUAAUAUUUCCUUUUAUACUGAAGUGCAAACUUAAAUACUGCAAAUGCUCAUUAUCCUGACAGUCAGGAAAUGAGUUAGUGAAAAUAAUUGUCUGAAGAACAAACAGUAAUUCAUUUUAUAUUACUUUGUUUUCAAGUAUGAUAUUUGAAGUGUGUAUUGUGUAUUUAAUGUCACAAAAUAAUAAAAUAAAAAAAACACUCAUGGGAACUGGAAAAAAAUUUAAAUGUUUGUUUUUGAGAGAUUCUCUUUUUUAAAACAAAACUAGCAAAAUAAUCUGAAAUGUUAAUAGGUCUUUGAAAAUACAUAAAUCUACAUGAAUGAAGUUUUAUUUUAUUUG